AUGGCUUCAUUAUCUCGUAGAAAAAUCAAGGAAGGAUAUCUAGUAAAAAAGUUUGGUUUAUGGUUUGUGCUCUAUGAUGAGAAGCUAUGCUACUUCAAAAAGAAAGAGGAAACAGACCCUGCAGGAUGGGUAGAUUUGCUUGGAUGUUUCAUUGUUAGCCCAUGCACAGAAUACACCAAAAAAGAGGGUGUUUUUCGUCUUACGAGUGCAGUUGGUACAGAAUAUUUGAUCCAGGCUGCUAAUGAUGAGGAGCGGGAUAGUUGGGCUAACUCCAUAGCUAAUGCGAUAAGAGAUAGUGAAGCUAAGCACAGGAAAGCCAAUGCAGUGAAAGAAAAUUCACAGCACAGCUCACAGCCUUUGGUCUCAAUCUCUACUUCACGUUUACUGGAGAUUGUGAAUGCGAUGCAAGAUCCAGGUGCAGGUGUUACACUUGGUAGCCAUUCCUGUGCAAGAGAAGAAAAGAUUUACAAGUUGUGCUUUACUGGAACUCAAGUGGUUGACUGGCUUUUAAAGUGGUCUUUUGUGAGUGACAGAACAGAUGGUUUUCACCUUGCUAAUGCUUUGCUGGAUGAGGCAUAUCUUCAACCAACUGGACGAACCAGUAAAGCUUCUUUUAGACGAGGGAAAAGUGAAGGUGGCGUUAGGGCUUUCCUUGACAACAAUGAUGCCCUAUAUAGAUUUUCCGCCUUGAGGUACAGCAGUAACCAGGACGCACUGGACCUUGAUUCAUCUGAUGACUCCACAGAUUCUGAUGAUGAGCCAGUCAGAGAACCUGUGGGCGUUAUCAAAGGAACAGUUGUCAAAGAAGGCUUUCUAGAAAAGAAGGGUCACCUGCGGCAUAACUGGAAGACACGCAAGUUCAUUUUGUGUUCCGAUCCACCUGCAUUGUACUACUGCAAACCCUCCAAGGGGAAUCUUCCGGUCGGCAAACUCAAGCUUGAUAGCUGUGAAGUGAAGGCAAUAAACAAAGAUGACGAGAUUGCUAACAGCUUGCAGAAUGGGGCAGGCGGCUCUGACCCCAAAAAGACUGCGUACCUAAUCAAGUUGAGGACCCGGAAAGGAGCGAAAUUCGUCAUGAAAGCUGCAUCGGAGAGUGACCGCCGAGAAUGGCUGGAGAACUUGCAGACUGUGUGUGAGGACUCCAUGGUGGAGUGACGUCACAGAAUAUAUCAUGCAUAAAAAUAGAAAAAAGACAUCUUGUGUGCCAAUAAUUUGACUGCUGUACGUGCCAAACAAUGCAUGGUUCAGUGUAUUUUAACUAUGGUGAGAUAGGCCAAUUCGCAUUUAAUUGGGCUGCCUCUGUAAUAUCGUGGAAACGAGGCUUUUUAGGGCAUCCAUCCGCGCGUCCUCAAUAUGAAUAGUUACAAUUUCGCGUUACUACGAAGGAAGCAUGUCUGAUUAUUGUUAUUUUCUACGUUACUUGGAGAGUAAAGGUCACGGCGAAGUUUGGGGACAGCUUCUCGGCUGCCAGAAAGUGGAACUUUAGAUAAAAUUGCUGUAAACCCAUGCGGUGUUAAGCAGCACAAGUGUCGUGUUUUACUAUAUAAAGACGCUUUCAUUCAUAA